AUGGAGACACCGUUGAGAAAAGGAAAGAAGGCGUGCACUGAGUGCCGCCAGCAGAAGGCAAAAUGUGACGUCUAUCUGGACCCAGAUCAACCCUGUACAAGAUGCCGCAAAGUCGGGGCGAACUGUAUCAUCUCGGAUCCCUUCAAGAGAGAGCACAAGCGCAAGAGGCUCUCUGAGCUGGAACGGGAAUCGGAAGAUCUGCGACGCAAGCUUCGGGCAUCGCAACCAGCAGAUCUCAGUCCUCACCCAUCGCCGAUCGCCCUCUUGACAGCGGCAGCGGAGAUGGGCGCGCAUCCAAGACUAGGAAGUAACUCGGCUUCUGUGUCUUCGAAUGCCCCACACGAUUCGUACUCGCCGCGCUUGCUGGCUCCAAAUGGCCUCACACAUGCGACCCCGGUACCGGCCCCGGCAGUGGACAACGGUGGCACGACCAGGUCCCGGAGCUUGAAUGGAGUACAUGUGCAAGCAGGGGAAAUUGAUGAUCUUUUUCAAAUAUUCUUCCAGCACUACUCUCAAUUCCUUCCCAUCUUGGAUCCCCAGACCUCACCUAAUUCGUACUAUGCAGAAUCGCCAUUCCUAUUCUGGACGAUCAUUGGAGCAGCAUGUCGCUCAUACUCUCGAAAUCCUACAUUGUUGACGGCAUUGGCCCGAAGUGUCUUGGAAAUGGCCUUCCUCUCAGCUUUGUCCGUCUCGCCGCCGUGGCACACCAUUCAAGCACUCCUGCUUCUCCUGACAUGGCCGUUCCCCAAAGGUGACCAUCCGGACGUGGCGUUCCCAUUAUGUGGAAUUAUGCUUCAUAUGUCCAUGCAAAAUGGCCUUCACAUCCCGAUGUCGAGUCACGAGUUCUCACGAGUCAAAAUCCCAGCGCCAUCCGAAGCCGAUCUACUCCGCCGCUCGGAGCUGUGGGCACACACAGUUAUCAUGUAUCAAAGGGUCUGCGUGCUGAAGGGGCAGCUGCCUCGGGCUCUGAUGAACCAUGGUCAAGAUCCUACGCAUCGGCAGGUACUAAUGGACAAAAUUGCGCCGUGGAUGGCGCUGAAACUUCGUUGUCAAGAAGUCAUUGCCAAAUGUAGCGAGGCAGUCACUGAAAAUGGCCUACGGUCCAUGUCGCUCGACCAAGAGCGGGCAUUGGAUAUCAUACUUCGCACUUACGAAGGCCAGGUAGACGACCUCGAACUACGGGCAGUGACAGAUGACGAGAGAUUUGACACCGGUCUCUGCCGGAUGGCUGUUCAAAGCUUUCAUUUCUUCAAGAGCCAAACGCUUGUCUCCAGCGGGUGCUAUCCGCGGAUUCUUGUCACCGCGUGCAGCUUGAUUGACUAUGUUCAAGUUCUUUCCGAUCGAUUUGGUUUUCUGUCAAUGGCCCCUUUCCAUAUUAGCUUCGCACUCCUCUUGGCUGCCUCGAGCUUGCUACGAAUCCUGAAAAGCAGUGUCGCCUCCCAAGGCCUGGAAACCGGUCGCGCGCGAGCUUCCCUUUUCACCGCCAUCAACCUGGCCAAGCAGAUUUCCACCGACGGUGCCGAUAUAGCCGCCAAAACGGUCAUGAUUCUUAGCUCGAUCUGGAAUAGCAACAAAGCCUUUCGCCGAGCUGACGGGUCAGACUAUCUAGCCCUGCGUAUCCGCGGUCGCCUCGUUCUGAGUCCGAUUCUCGACGCUGUUUGGUGGUGGCGGGAUGAAUUUGAUCCCCAGUCGCGGGCCGUACGGUCGGUCGUGGAGCCUUCUAACGGUAUAGUGUAUUCUCGUUCACGGUACCUUCCUGCUGCUGAUGGAGGCGUAGGUGGUGGAUCAGAUCCUAACCCAAAUCCUGCUGGCGGAGUGGCGGCGCCAUCUGGCGUGAUCACUGACCAGAGCGCGUUUCACCUCGAUGAGCUGUUUCUCGCUGAUUUCGAAUGGGCGCUCGGCGAUGAGGCGCUGUUUUCGCUGGAUCCGACGCCGUCGACAUGGCCAUCCACGAACAAUCUUCUUUGA